CCAUGUCGCAUUCAGCUAUACACUUUCAGUGUCGGUGAACAGAAAUAUCGUAUAGACUCAAGUAUCGAGUAGUGACUUCAAAAUGGUUUACAAUUUUAAAGUGUAUAAAAAGUGCUCUCCUAAUGGUAAAAUCACCCUGUAUAUGCCAAAGCGGGACUUCGUGGAUCACAUUUCUUAUGUUGAACCUAUAGAUGGCAUUGUAGUAGUGGACGAUGAGUACGUCCGCGGUCGUAAGGUCUUCGCCCAAGUGGUGUGUACCUUCCGUUACGGUCGUGAAGAGGAUGAGGUCAUGGGCGUCAACUUCCACAAGGAGCUGUACCUCGCUUCGGACCAGAUUUAUCCCGCCCCUGAAAAGCGGUCCUAUGAUUUGACUCGUACUCAGGAAAGACUGAUGAAGAAGCUCGGUGAAACCGCGCUACCAUUCCGUCUGUCAGUCCCCGCUGGGUCCCCUGGCUCUGUGACCUUACAACCAGGGUUGGAAGAUGAGGGCGAGCCAUGUGGAGUGCACUACUACAUCAAGCUGUUUGUGGGAGACACUGAGAUUGAUCGCUCUCAUCGCAGGAGCACUGUAGCUCUGGGCAUCCGCAAGGUGCAAUACGCACCAAACAAGCCAGGGCCACAACCCUGCACCGUGGUGAGGAAGGACUUCAUGCUGUCUCCGGGACAGCUUGAACUAGAACUCACCUUGGAUAAGCAGCUGUACAUCCACGGGGAGACCAUAGCCAUCAACAUAAGCGUGCGGAACCACAGCAACAAGGUGGUGAAGAAGAUCAAGGCGUGCAUCCUGCAGUCCGUGGACGUGGUGCUGUUCCAGAACGGGCAGUACCGGAAUGUGGUGUGCAGUGUGGAGACACAGGACGGUUGCCCACUGCAGCCGGGCGCGAGCAUGCAGAAGGUGGUGCAGCUGCGCCCCGAGCUCAGCACGCUGCGGGAUCGCCGCGGGCUCGCACUGGACGCGCAGCUCAAGCGGCACGACAAUAGCCUCGCUUCUACUACGCUAUUGCUCGAGCCAGAACAGCGUGAUGCAUUCGGCAUCAUAGUGAGCUACAGCGCUAAAGUGAAACUGUACCUCGGAGCACUGAACGGGGAACUGAGCGCAGAGCUGCCCUUCAUACUGAUGCACCCCAAAGAAGGUCGCGCUAAGCUAGUGCAAGCUGACAGCCAGGCCGACGUGGAGAUGUUCCGACAGGACACUGUGCAUCAUCAGGAGAGCAUUGAUGUCUACUGAGGAUAAUA